CAGGUACGGCAUCGUUCGGUCAUGCUACGGGAAACCAAGAGCAAGGCUAUCUUCUAGGAAUUCUUAACUUGUCCUUCGUCAUUCUUGUCGUCCAUAUUUACCAUAUUUUACAACUCUGUUAAUCCACCCUAUCUGAUACCAAAGGGUCCCAUAUCCCGAAUUCCCAUUAGAAGCAAGGACGAGGCUUGCGAGGAAAGACAAAGGCUAUGAGUCCUGCCCUUUCUCACUGCGCCUCCAAUGAACGGAGCAACCACACUCCCUGACGGCGUGCCAGGCGCCGUAUUGGAGUCGAAGAUCGAAGUCCAGUUCAUAGAAGGAUACACGAAGCAUAGCACUUGGCACAACUUUCGUCAACUCCAGACUCAAGGAACAUGGGUGCGCCAUUCGAAGCUUGGUAGAGGAGCGUUCGGUAGUGUAUCACUUGAGACCCGCCGCUCGGGGCUGACAGGGAACAUUGGUGUGCAACCAGUGCUUAGAGCUGUGAAGAAGAUUAAGAAAGUGGACCACAGGGGAGAUGGAUUGAACUACUGGAAGGAGUUGGAAGCGAUAGCGAAAUUCUCGCAAGACCAGUAUCAACCCUUCUUCGUUCGAUCAUACGGAUGGUACGAAAACAAUGACUCGGUCUUCAUAGCCAUGGAAUACUUCCCGUAUGGAGAUUUGCGGAAGUACAUGCAGACGAACUGGGGAUUUCCAGAAUUGGAGGUAAGACUUAUCAUCAAGCAGAUGUUGUCCGGCAUCCACUUCUUACAUGACGAGGGAUUCGUCCACCGAGAUCUGAAGCCCGAGAAUCUCCUGGUUGAACACAUGGGUCCACGAUGGAGGAUAAAGAUCGGUGAUUUCGGAAUCUGCAAAAACACCCAAGCAACAGUUCUUCAAACGAAGAUAGGGACAUUGUUCUAUAUGGCUCCGGAGGUAUCACUGAGAAUGUGGACGAAGCCUGAUACUGAACCACUCGACUCGUAUUCCUCUGCGGUCGACAUAUGGGCAGUCGGAAUAAUCGCCGUGGAACUUCUUCUUAAGCGCUACGCGUUCCUAUCUAGUCCCAUGGUAGGAAACAUGCAGCUCAAUCUCACUGGGGAAGGCGAAGAGCCACUUUCAGAACCGUGUCGAGACUUUGCGGGCAGGUUAUUGGCGCUCGAUCCCAGUUCGAGACUAACUGCCAGAGCCGCUGGAGAUCACGAAUGGAUCAUUACAAGUAGUUUACCCCUGGAGGAGGACUACAGAUUCUCGAUCGCGGAGACAGAACCGUCUGUCACAGAUUUUACCGUGUCAUCCGCCUCAUGCAGAUGGUCAGACCUAGGAUCCAACAGCAAAGCCUCAGGGUCAUCGACCGGGACAUUACCCACCACAUCCCAGAAUAGCACGAUUGAUCCUAACCUCCUAGCCCCCAACUUCAGAAGCCUCUCAUUGCAAACGGGCAAAUUCUUCAUCAUCAAGUCCAAAAACGACGAGAACGUCGAAAAGAGCAUCGAGCGUGGCGUAUGGACGUCGUAUAAUCGGAAUAACAUCAAGCUUAACGAAGCAUACUUGAGCGCGACGGGGCCAGUCCUACUGUUCUUUUCAGUGGUCGGAAGCAAAAAGUUUUGCGGCGUCGCGAGGAUGACGAGUGAGGUCGAUUGGGAUAACACUGAUAACCACUGGGUUGGUGGGGUAUGGGAAGGGCGCUUCACGCUCGAGUGGCUUUCGAUGAAGGAGGUCUGGUUUCGUCGGGUCAACCGUGUUACCGUGAAUGCGAACAGUAACGACCUAGUAUUGGCAGCAAGGGAUGGGACUGAGGUAUCGGCAGACGCAGCAUAUCAGAUGCUUCGAGCAUUUUCGGAGAACGGCACGAACCAGCAGCGGUAGUGAUUCAUGAGCGAUGUGGAUGGAUUACUGAUUGCUCAUAAUUACAUUAUCAUGCUAGAUCUAUACGCUCGUAAUGCUCAUCAAAUAUAUCUAAAUACAUCAUAUUAUAACACCCAGCUCACUCGCUUUCCCUUCUGCACCACCUUCACAUCGUCAAACAACACCAUCUCUCCCCUCCCUU